AUGGAGGCAGCUCUGCUGAAGCCGCCCGCGCCGCAGAUGAUGGCGGAGCAGGUGAAAUGCUCUCCCGGCGGGGGCGGCCCCGGAGCCGGCUCAGGGAGCGUGGUGAACGCGGAGCUUGAGGUGAAGAAGCUGCAGGAGCUGGUGCGCAAGCUGGAGAAGCAGAACGAGCAGCUGCGGAGCCGGGCGGCCAGCGCUGCCGCGGCCGCCGCCGCCUCCUCCUCCUCCUCCUCCUGCUCAGCCUCAGCCUCCUCCUUGACCUCCUCCGCCCACCCCGCAGCGGCCGCCGCCUCCUCCGGUUCGCACCUGCUGCUGCUCCCCCCGCCGCUGUCCCCGCCGGCCAUGGCUGUGACCGUGACCGUCCCGCCCGCAGCUGGAAGCCCCCUGAGCCCCCCGGCUGCGGGCUCCGCUGGGGGAUUGGCGCUGGCACUAAGCACGGGUGGCGGCAGCAGUAGCAGCAGCAGUAGCAGCGGCAGCCCAGCUUUCCCUGGUACCUACUGUCUGCCCAGCCCGGCCCCGACCCUCCUGUGCAGCCUAGCUCAGCCCGAGCCGCCCUUCGUCUAUUUCAAACCAUCCCCCGCCGGUUUCCCAGGGCCUGGAGAAAACGGAGGGGGAAGUGGGACUGGCGGGGGACAGGAGCCAGGGAGCGCGUCUCCUCUGGGGACUUCGACCCCGUCCUCUCCUGCUCCGACCCUGUUGGAUGAGGUGGAGCUGCUGGACCUAGAGAACGGAUUUUGCAGCCAGCUGGAGGACGAGUAUACAUGGCUGUACACAUCUUCUAAAGCAUGCAGUCUACCAGAGAAUUCAAUGAGCCCUCUGCAGUGGUGUCGACGGGUCCUAGAUAAUCCAACACCUGAGAUGGAAGCUGCAAAACGUUCACUUUGCUUCAGAUUGGAGCAAGAUAAACUCCGAAGAAGUAUGCCUAACCUUGCACGAAUGCCAAGUACAACAGCUGUCAGUAGCAACAUUAGUUCCCCAGUCACUGUGAGAAACAGCCAGAGCUUUGACUCGAGUCUGCAUGGGGCUGGCAAUGGAAUGUCAAGGAUACAGUCAUGUAUUCCAUCACCAGGACAGCUACAGCAUCGAGUUCACAGUGUGGGGCAUUUUCCAGUGUCUAUAAGGCAACCUCUCAAAGCCACAGCCUAUGUGAGUCCGACUGUUCAAGGCAGCAGCAAUAUUCCUUUAUCCAAUGGCUUGCAAGCAUAUUCCAACACGGGAAUUCCUACACCAAACAAAACAACUGCUUCUGGGAUGAUAGGACGAAGUGGGCUUCCAAGACCAUCUUUGGCAAUAAAUGGGAGUAACUUGCCUCGGAGCAAAAUUGCACAGCCAGUGCGAAGUUUUCUUCAGCCUCCAAAGCCUCUGUCUUCACUUAGCACUCUGAGAGAUGGAAAUUGGAGAGAUGGCUGCUAUUGAUGUGGCGUUUUGUACUCAAGAAGAAUGGGAAAGAAGUGGAAAAUGAGGGUUGUGUUGCCCAGCUGGCUGGGUGACAAUACUAUGGGCAGUUAGUGUCUACUUUCCCUCCUUACAUAAUCCCUUACAUGGAUUCACCAUGCUGUUGUUUUUCAAUGGACCUAUUAUCAGAGACUAAAUUUUGCACUUAAAUAUUUGCCUGGGAUACUGCAAUG